CCACUGCAUCAUUAAUGACCAAGAAGGACUUCGACAUGCUUUUCGCUUCGAAGCACCGACUGCUCCAAACGUCCAUCCAACUGCAGAAUUUUUCGAAGCACCGCAUACCGGUCCUAGGGUAUUUCCGCACAGACUUGCAGCACCAUGGCAAGCGGGCCUUUGUCACCUUCUACGUGACCGCACACGGCACUUCACUGCUGGGGCUCGACGCCAUCCAGCAGUUGGGACUCCUGAUCGACGGCGCAACGCUAACGUGUCGUCUGGCUUCACCCGUUUCCUCGCAGCUUCCUGCAGGUGUGCCUCCGGGGUUCGAGCACCUGUUCGACGGGGAGCUGGGACUUGUCAGGGACUACGUCCACCGGGUCAAGAGGCGGCCGGACAUCGUACCAGUGUCCGCCAAGCUACGUCGCCUGCCUCUGGCGCUCCGGCAACAAGUCGCCAGCGAGCUGCGUCGACUCGAGGACAACGACGUCAUCGAGCGGGUGUCGGCAUCCGAAUGGGUGUCGCCACUCGUGGUCGUCCGUAAGAAGGACGGGGACAUCCGCCUAUGCGUCGAUCUGAGAGAACCGAACAAGGCCAUCGUCGUCGACGGGUUCCCACUGCCCCAUGUGGAUGAACUGCUUCAAAUGUUGAAUGAGCUGUUGCCUCGGCAAUCCAUUCCUAGUGCCCCGGCUGUCCAGUGCGACGACGCACCGGCUGAAGUGCACACUCCGAUGCCUGCGACCCAGGAUCAACCAUCGGGACUUCAGGAGGAAAGUCCUGGGUGUUCCUCCUCACCUACAGUAAAUGCACCAAAUUCUAACACGGGGGAGGGAAGAGAUGGGAAUGGGUCUUCAAAGUCGGCUCAAGACAGCCGCAGCCCACAAAGUUUUUUGCCUGGGAGUGAUGGGAAUGGGUCUUCAGAGUUGGCUCAUGGCAGCCACAAUCCGCCAAGUUCUUCUGGGAGAGAUGGGGACGGGUCUUCAAAGUCGGCUCCUGACAGCCGCAACUCUCAGUCUUCCUGCAGGGACUGGGUCACGUCGCCCACAGCGGACGCGCAAGCCCCCAGCCCACUUGAAGGACUACAUCACAGACUAAAGUAGUCCGCAUCUUCUGGGGCUAUACUGCCUUAGAGGCCCGCAGUAUAGCCGCAGAGGUCUAGUGUUUGUGUGAACUUUUCGUGCAUAGUGCAAGCUGGCACUUGUGUUGGCGUGGUGAAGUGACUUUUUUUUGU